GUGCUGCGCUCCCGGGGGUGCGCGCCUAGCUUCGCUCGGGCGGACCGGGCGCUCGGAGCUGCGAGGCGCCCUGGAGGAGGCGGAGGCAGAGGCGGCGGCGCGGCCCGAGGCGCGUGAGGACGAUGAGGACGAAGAGGAGGCGCUGCCGCACUCCGAGGCGGUGGACGUGUUCCAGGAGGGUCUCGCCAUGGUGGUGCAGGACCCACUGCUCUGCGACCUGCCGAUCCAGGUUACUUUGGAAGAGGUCAAUUCCCAAAUCGCCCUGGAAUAUGGCCAAGCAAUGACCGUCCGAGUGUGCAAGAUGGAUGGAGAAGUCAUGCCGGUGGUGGUGGUGCAGAACGCCACGGUGCUGGACCUGAAGAAGGCCAUCCAGAGAUACGUGCAGCUCAAGCAGGAGCGCGAAGGGGGCAUCCAGCACAUCAGCUGGUCCUAUGUGUGGAGGACGUACCACCUAACCUCUGCGGGAGAGAAGCUCGCGGAGGACAGGAAAAAGCUCCGAGACUACGGGAUCCGGAAUCGGGACGAGGUGUCCUUCAUCAAAAAACUGAGGCAGAAAUGACCCUCCAAACAAGGACUCGGCCGGCGGCCACGCUCCUCCCCGGCAGGAGGAAGCCUCGGGCGCUGUCCCCUCCUCACGGGAGAGUGUUGAGAUGGACUCGCCCUGCUGUGCUCAGCUGGAACCGCCCGUGUGAACCCUGGGCCUGGGGAGUGGGACUGGGUGAGCCAGUGCUCAAGGCCCAAGUUUGACCCCUGCUGGGCCCAAACAUCCCACCGGCGGUGGGGCUGGCCCUCUGUACGGAAUAAAUCUCUCUGCUUUCUAGUUUGAAAAGUCAAAA